CAAUCAACAAAAUGGUGUUCUUUUUCUUCUUCUUCUUCUUCUUCUUCCAGUAGUGGGUCUAAGAAAUCUUCUUUUUUGAAAGGAUUAAAGCCAGCAAAGAAGGGCACAGCAGUUGAUAAAGAAUCAAAGAAGAUGUUACUAGCCAAGAGCAAGAGCAUUGAUAGUUUUCUCCACCCACACGCCCGGUGGCAGUGGAAGAAGAAAGGGCCGGGGGGUAGAGGAUGCACCUAUAUAGAAAGAACGUCAUGGGUGAAAGGAAUUCUAACAAACAUAAAGCAAACGAUCCUUGGAAGUUCUCAAUUUCAGGAACCCAUUCUAAGGGAAACAUCAGAUUCUGAAGUUGACAUGACAGCUUCUGAAGUUACCAUGACACUAAAUUUCUUGAGUCGCAAAAUGUGCUUCAGUUGCCGGAAGUCACAAUGACUUAUCCUGGUGGCACAGAGGGUGUUUCAACCUGUUUGACAACCAAUGCAGUUGGGAAAAAUGCUUUUGAGGGUGCAGUUGUAACUGCAACUUCUGAGGUUAGUAAAAUGCAUAACAAUUCUGAUAAUGCUGGACUUAAUGACAUUCAAAGUAUAGCUCAGUCUUCAGAAGCUGUAAUAGUUUCUCAUGGCAAUGAAAGCAAUAAAUUAAGAACUUUAGCCUCUGAUGCAAUGGUGGAAGACUCUUCAGUGAAGAUUGAUCAAUCAGGAAAGCUUUCAGAUAAUUUUGAUAAAAAGCUGAAAAAUUGGUCAAGCAAUUUGAAGAGGCAAUGUCAGAUGUACUUGUUGAGUGUGACAAGGAACAAAGUCAAUGUGCUAAGGAUUUAUGUGACUUGACACUAGAGCUGACUAACGAAAAACAUAAAACAUUGUCUGAUGGUAUAAAUGACUCAUCUUCAUUUGAAAAUAUGAACCAUCUACUGGGAAGAGAACUGCAACUUUUGUUCAAAGGCCAAAUGCAAGCACUAAUUCAGGCGAAAAGUGUACGGUGUCUGGUUCUUUAAGUGCCAAGGUGAAUGUCUUGAAUAAUCUAAUGUCAGGAGAAAUGGCUGGUAAGUUGCAUGAUACUCUAGCACCAACUGAAUUUUGAACAGGGAAGGAAGUAGAGAAGGAACUAGAAAUCCAGGGCUUAAUUGAAAGGAUCAAGGGGCUAUUUGGAGAACAGUCAACUAUUAAGUCUAGGGAAAGUACUAUCUCCUAUGUAACAGAUCAACUCAGCAAUGGAGAGUUCCUUCAAAAUGUCCAGAACCAGGCUAACUUGCAGAAGUCUGAUGUUGAAAGAAGAAAGACAUCUUUGAAACAACAUCAUAUGAGCAGUGAAACUAAAAUAUCACUUGACAAGAAAGAAAAGUCAUGUAUUCCUACAGAGUCCAUAAGUGAGAGGGAGGAGGGUAGCAGUUUAAAUUUACCCAACUCUGAUCAUGUAAAAUCAGGACCAAACUAUCCCGUGCCUCCUUCAAUUAGCAGAGAAGAGCUUAAUAGCAGUUCACCUAUGCGUUCCACCAAAGAAGGAUCUAAGGAAAACAUGGUACUGGACAGAUUUUUAACCCAAAAUAUUGAGAAGCACAGUAUCCUUACAGCUUUCUGUGAUUGCUGGCCAAUUGUAAAUGUAGAGGAAGUUUCCCUUACUAAACAGAGCAUGUUCAAAGAUUUUGUGGUGCAUUUUGAGACAAGGGAAGGUUACCAAAAUGCUCUCAAGAAAACUAACCUGAUGGUUCUGAAUGCAGAAGCCUUUGUGGAGGCAUCUUCUUCAGAAGACAUGGAUGAUGCAAUUUCCAUUCCUGAUCUGAUUGGCGAUCCUGAUGCUCCAGUUGCACUAGUGAAGAAUCCUACAAAAACAGUUAAAGUCAAACAACUGUCUGAGGAUAUAAGCUCACAACAGCUAAAGGAAGCUCUUGCUUUCUGUCAAUCUGGCAUCUCCAGCUUUUACUUGGGUUCCACAAGUUCUGUUUUAUACGUGGAGUUUGAGGUGAAACGCUUGUCCCUUUACUGUUGGUGUCUAGGAAUUGUAGUGUAUCUUCAGGUUCUGUUAAGGGUUUGUGCAUCUUCAUUUUUGUGUUUAAAUACCUAUUUAUGAAGUCUCACUUGCCAGACAGAAGAUGCCAAAGAGGGCACUUGCAGAACAUUCCAUACUUGUAUCAGGAAAGGAGCUGCCAAUCCUCAGGAUUGAUGCACCAAGGACAACAGUAGUAAGAAUAUCAAACGUUAAGAUUAAGAGCAAAGUCUGGAAAAUAUGCAAUUCUUUUGGACAAGUCAAGUAUAUGGCAGAAAGAGCUAAGGGCAUCGUUGAUGUGCAUUUCGUUCUUGCUGAAUGGCCUAACGUGCUGAAUAUUGUAAUAGGUAUGUUUAAUAUUUAAACUGUUAUAAAUAAUCAACCAAAGCAUUAUUCUAAUACAUGGUAGCAUAAGUAACCAACCAAAGCAUUCUUCUAAUACAUGCUUGUGCUGCAUAUACAUCCGGUUUGAAUGGAAUGGUAGUGAAUGAAAACCGGUGGCUUGUCCAGCCAGCUCCUAUCUUUCCCCCUGCAAUUCUCCGGGCCCUUUGGAGUCAACCAGAAGAAAGGAGACAUGUGAAGUCCGUAAUGUGCAACUUAUUGAGAAAACUUGAGAAGCCUAUUCAUACCACUGAGUUGAGUCAGUUGACUGACCUUGCUGCCAAGUAUUAUGGCAAAGAAUUUUAAUUAAUGCAAUUAGCAAAUUUUGAUCUGGUAGCAUCAAGCAUGAAAGCAGGGUGGGAGCAUUUUAUAUCAUACUUGAGUUUCAUCUUUACGGCACUUCAGAUAGAUGGAUCAACGUUAACCCAUUACUUUCAACUGGAUUUAUUCAACAAACGAUGUAAAUGAAAUAUAUUGCCCAUUAUCUUGCAAACUGCUGCUUAAUUGAUCUCUAUCCUAAAUUCAACUGUUCCUAUUCCGUUUCUGCUGGAAUGAUGCAACUUUUUUCAU